AUUGAUGGUGCCUUAGGCUGCCCCUCUACUCUCUAGACACAGUCCCUGCCCCAAGGAUCAGUUGAGCUAAAUUAUAAGGAAUUGAAGCGAUCACAAUGCCAUCAUAAAACCUUGCGUACACUUUUCAAAUGGCUGGUGGGAUAGCUGGUGUGUGCGUUGACUUAAUACUAUUCCCUCUGGAUACCAUAAAAACCCGACUGCAGAGUCCCCAAGGAUUUAAGAAGGCUGGUGGCUUUCGCGGCAUCUACGCUGGCGUUCCUUCUGCUGCCGUAGGAUCCUUUCCGAAUGCUGCUGCCUUUUUUGUCACCUAUGAGUAUGUGAAAUGUUUGUUGCAUACUGCCUCCCCUCCGUACCUGAGUCCAGUAACACACAUGGCGGCCGCCUCCUUUGGAGAAGUAGUUGCCUGUCUAAUACGGGUUCCUUCUGAAGUUGUAAAGCAGAGGGCUCAAGUUUCUCCUUCAUCCAGUACCUUUCAAGUUCUUUCCAACACCUUAUAUCGAGAGGGUAUUCAAGGACUUUAUCGAGGUUACAAAAGCACAGUAUUAAGAGAGAUUCCUUUCUCUCUGGUGCAGUUUCCCCUUUGGGAGUCCUUAAAGGAUCUCUGGUCAUGGAAGCAGGGUCACGUGGUUGAUUCUUGGCAGUCGGCAACCUGUGGAGCUUUUGCAGGUGGAUUUGCAGCUGCAGUCACCACACCUCUAGAUGUAGCAAAGACAAGAAUUAUGUUGGCAAAGGCUGGUUCCAGCAAUGCCAGUGGGAAUGUACUCUCUGCCCUGCACAGUGUCUGGAGGUCACAAGGGCUACCUGGAUUGUUUGCAGGUGUUGUUCCUCGAAUGACAGCAAUCAGUCUGGGAGGAUUCAUCUUUCUUGGGACAUAUGACAAAACUCGCCGCUUGCUGCUCUGAUUUGGAAUAGAGAUUCCUGUGAAUCAUAGCAAAGAGCCGAAGAUCUGCUGCUCUCCAGAAAGAAUACACUCAUCAAAGUACUCAUCUCCUUCUCAGCCUUCUUUAUGUGGCCGAGGAGCUGGUCAACAGCCUAAACUCGUAUUUUCACUAUUAAAAAAACGUCCUUCAAUAAUCCAAUUUCCCUAACUUGAAAUUUCCCAGCAUGGAAAGCAGUGAAGUCAUAGAGAGACUUGUGCCAAAAAAGUAACAUGUGGGGGUAAACAGCUAAUUAUACCAUCUGCAAACAGCAUUAUCAGAACUCAGGCAAGGAAAACGUUUUAUAAACCAAAUGAACAUGGUUUGAGCAGCAAAAAUGAAUUUUCAUUAGAUAGACACAACUGGUCCUCAGCAUCGGGGCUGCUUUUAGUUCAGUGGAGGGGUUGACAUAGCUGCAAUCAGCAGGCAUUUAGAGACUCUAGAAAGUAUUCUUAGUUGGGAGGCUGCUGGGGAAAAAUAAUGCCCAUUUGUUUCUGAUUUGAGCUGUAUUUUGAAAGUUUAUCCCACCGUUUAUACCUGCAGGUGCAUAGCACGCCCUCUUAUGUGGUACCCAGUGUGGGGGUUUUAAUUAGACUCAGCUUUCUCCAGGAAAAGUACACUGCUGAAUUAUUUUACAGGUAGCCUGUCCAACAAUGUUGCCUAUGAAAAAAAAUGCAGCUCUUGCCUUUUUUUCUCUUUCCCUACCAAAAGCUGAAGUGGAUCUGGAUUUGUAGUAGUGAAGCACAGAACAGGAGAGGUCGGGCUGCAGAAUGCAAGUGACAAAUAGAAAACACAGGUUCUUCUCCUUGAUGAAAUGGCAGAUUGAGCCUAAUAGUUCUGAAGGGUGAUGCUAGCCUGUUCUCAGACUCUACUUAAAUUCUUCCUUUAGCAUAGAGACGCUAUAGUUAAAAUCAGUUCGUGGAAUAUGCGCAGGGCCAAAAAGCCAUUAUUUCAGCUCAAUGAAAAUUAUCAAUAGAAAGUCCAAGAUUUUGAAAAAUAAAAAAAAAUCUUGUCAAAUUUACAGCAGCAACUUGGCUUAGUUACACCUUUAACGAGCUAUAUUAAGAACCUGAAACGACCUUUCAGUUGAAUUGACGGCACUUCCACAAGAAGGUUUUGUAGAAGCAGUGAGGCAGGCAUCCUAAUAAAAAUAUAUGCAAAUAUAAUUGAUAGAGCUAAUACAGAGCCAGAUUAAGAUAUGCAGUAACGGCAGCAGCUUGGUCUGUACUACAGCAUAGUUUUUUUCCCUGAAGAAAACCCUUUAGCUGUUAAGCAAAUACAGGGAGAACCUGGCUGCCUUUAUGCAUGGUACGGAAGUUUAGCACUUGCUCGGAAAACGGGGAAAACUUGCAGAGCAAAAGGGACUAAUUCUUGAAAACUGGAAUGUCUACCCAUCGUUGCCCACGCUCAUCCCUAGGGCAAUUUUAGUCCCAAACUGGCUGGCUGAUUCCGCUCCCUGCCGUGAUGCUGUAACAAUACUGCAGGCUCCUUGGAGCACAACCCGUCAGGGCAAUCUAGUUAAUGACAUUACACAAUGUACUUUUCUCCAUUGUACAGUUGAUCCCUUUUUUCUGGAUGGGGGAGGCAGGGGCAGGUGCAGGAGAGGAUUUAGAAUUCAUUCGGAAGAGCCAGCUACCGGCUCAGAGGUCUUUAUGUGCCUGGGUUUUGUUUGCUUUUCAACAAGUACGCUGAUACUGGAGCAUUUAUUAUUGUCGCAACAGGACUCAAAUUUCUCUUGGGUCCGUAUUUUGUGCUUUUGAAACAUCAGUUCUGGAAUCAGCCUUUUCUUAUUAUACAUGUCUUACUACAACCAAAGUGAAGGAUGGAUGUCUAGACUUCUGUAAUUACAAUGGUCACAUGUACCUCUUUCAUAGUCCCAGCCCAAGCCGAUGUUAAAAUAUACAGAGUGAGUAUAGCAGUAAGUUAGAGUGAAAUACAUGUGCCUAGCCCACAGCCAAGCAUUCAAACCCCAGGCAAUUCAGAGUUAAGAUUAAGCACACAACAUAGCCAAACAGGUUAAGGUAUGGCUAUGCAAAGAUGCUUAACGCUGCUCUGUAGUGAUGCCAGGUACUAACCACAGUAACAAUCAGUGCAUGAAUGAGUUUGAACAUCUUUAAAAAUCUGGACCACUGUUUCUUCAUAUAUUGUCCCUCCUGCUGUGUGCCCAUCUCUCGCACUGCACCCAAUGGAAACUGGAAGUGCUUUCACAGUGGAGGAACCUCUCCACAGGUCGGUCGGUCUCGCUUCCUUCUCGCCGGGGUUCUUGCUGUGGACCACAGUCUACGAUGAAGGCCCAUGAAAACCCGAAGACAGGUACAGCUCUUUUCCUUUAUCUACCACUGAUCAUGCUGCUACAGCCCCUGGUUUCUGAGGACCGAUCUCAGGGACAUGCCAUCCUGCCCAGAUGGUGCAACCCUGCACAGAGUGGAAGAAUGGAGGGGGGCUGAUAUGGAGGCUACUUUCUCUGCAGGUAAAAAACAAUGAAGGUGGAGCAUGACAGACUUAUACUCUGUUUACCACAAACUUUCUAGGACAGCAUCCCACCUAAUGGCCCAGCACUUCUUUCAGCAACUGGCUGGCUCUGUACAGUGAGCCACUGGAAUCAAAGUAAGUCCCCAAGGUACCAAACUGAGGACAUCUGUGGCUUGAGCACAGUUGGCGAUAGCAGCUAUAAGGGAGGAGUGCAGUCCGUGGUAGAAUUCAGUUCUCUCUAGCAGAACACUGUUCAUCAUGCCCUGCUGAAGGAGAAACUUUCCCCAUUAGUCAUCACUGAAAGAGACCAUUAAUCCUUAAAAAACAAAAAAGGUCUUCACUGACAGCCUAUGCACAAGAUACAACAGAUUUAACUAUAUGUAAAGUUUGGAAAGUUUGUUAUUCCAUAAUUGAGGGCCAAAAAAAAAACGUUGUCUGAUGCUAGACACUACAUUCCUUAAAGACCACAUUUUUAUUGUAUAGUUUCAGAGAAAACUCUCUUCUCAAAGAGCUGUAUUUUUGGAGAGGCUACACUUAAAAAAACCACAACCCCCCCACACACAACGAAGAUUGAAUACUUGCUUUAAAUACAAAAUUAAGCUCAUCCUUAAUUCUGAAGCUGAAACUGAAGCCUCUAUCAUAGGUAGUGAUGGUGUUACGAGUGGGACUAAGGUAGGUUGAAGGGUUCAAAAAUGUAGCUGAAGCUGUCCUGUAUGCAGCCCAUCUGGUUUUUGGCGAGCAAUGGAGAGGUGCUUGCGAGACGUUUAGACAAUUGAUAUUUUUUAUAUUAGAAAUUUACUUCAUAUGAAUUCUUCAGUGUGUAUUUCAGCUACAAUUCCCAACUCUCCCACCCCAGGGUCAUGUUUCUAGUACCCAUUGUUGGUCUAUCGUACAGAACUCUCUGUCUAUUGAAUGCAGUUUGACAAAUAGAUGUUUCGAAAAGGUUAUGUCCCGAUAUUAACACAUUUUCAUUAGAAACAGAGAAGCAUGUAAGCAACUGCUUGGGUUUUAUUUUUUUCAGCUGAAACUUUGCAAAGCUCACUCCCAACAAAAAAGCUGUCAUAUUAUAAAUGAACCUUUAUUAAAGACACUUCAAUGCCAUUUGUUAGACACUUCAAUAUUUAACAUUUUUUUCAACAUACAAUAUUGUACCAAAUUUCUAAUAAAUAACUUUGUACACAAAA